AUGUUAAUAUGGUUGCUGAACCAAAACCACACCAAACUGGACGUAAACGCCAAAAUAAUACAAAAACUGGAAAUGAUUGGGAUUACUACUACGAUAGCUACUACGCCUCUACGGCGUUUGCAAACCCGGUGCGCUUGUCACCGCAAGUGAAGCGCCCGCGCCUGAUGUCAGGUGGACACCAGAGUCGCACUGCGAUUCCAACAAAACAACAACAGCAAGCAUGGGCCCCCAUCGCACAGCACAGAUGCCAGAGCCCUCCGAGACCAUCUUCUUUAGCACACCAAUUUAAAAUAUAUAGUAAUCCUGAUAUAUUAAUCUGUGGAAACUGCCGUGAGAUGUUCACUGAACUCCUUGAUCUCUUACAACACAAAAAGUCGUAUUGCAAGUUACGUUUUACAUGUAAAUGCAGACCACAGGGAGAUGAAUAUAAUAGUGGUGCAGACCUUUUGUGUGUCAUUUGCAAAGACCACUUCAGCAGCGCUUGGGAACUAAUGGUCCACGUGCAGGCUGCACAUCUUGUUAACAUCUACGAACUUGCUGCUCCUGAUACUGCGCCGCCUUCUGAAUGUGCAGAGGAACCCCAGAACAGUCCCUGCGAACGAGUUUCGCCCACCCAAGAAAUCUACAUUAAUGGCUCUGGUUCUUCUCCAAAGUCCGAAAGCCAGCAAAUCAGAGAAACUUCACCUGAAGUAAAGGAGACUAUCAUGUUGCAGCAAAAUGGUUCACUAACAAAUGGAAAACUUAGUCCCGUGGAUUGAUCACUUCCAGUACCUGAUGCCCAGAAAAAGUCGGCCUCACCUUAAAUAUACCAAAGAUUUAAUAUUAAUUAAAUAGAUCGAUAUGUAUCAAUGAUAUUUAUAUUUUUUUGGCAUUAUGGUCCUUAAGGGGUAAGUCACAUUUUUUUGUUUUCUUUUUUAUGACCUUACGGAAUAUAUUUUGCAAAUAGAUAAAUACGG